AGAGAAUCACAGAGAGAGAGAGAGAGAGAGAGAGAGAGAGAGAGAGAGAUGGGCAUUGUAACAGUAGCAGAACUGAAGCCAGCAUUCACAGGGAAGAGGGGAUUUCGUAUGAAUUCCAGCAUCAGACAUGCUUCCGAAUGGCCGAUAUCCGAUGUUUCCAGUGAUCUUACCGUUCAGGUCGGAGCCUCGAGUUUCGGGCUUCACAAGUUCCCUCUCGUCUCUCGAAGUGGAAGGAUCAGGAAGCUAAUGGCCGAAUCGAAGGACCCGAAAAUAUCCAGUGUAUGUUUAAGUUCAGUUCCUGGAGGGUCUGAAGCAUUUGAGCUGGCUGCCAAGUACUGCUAUGGCAUAAACAUCGAUAUCCACCUUCUGAACGUGGCUAAGCUCCGGAGUGCAGCCCAUUUCCUGGAAAUGACGGAAGAAUUCUCCGAGGAAAAUCUCGUAACCAAGACCGAGAUCUUCCUCAAAGAUUCGGUUCUCUCCAGUAUAUCGAACUCGAUCGUUGUUCUUCACCACUGCGAAAGCCUCUUGCCUGUGGCGGAAGAGAUCAAUCUGGUUAACAGGCUGAUCGACGGGAUUGCCAAUAACGCUUGUAAAGAGCAGCUGACUUCCGGGCUAUUGAAGCUCGAUCAUAACUUUCCGGUCAAGAAUGUCGAACCAGAGACUCCAUUGGAUUGGUGGGGAAAGGCCCUAACUGUUCUGAAUCUGGAGUUCUUCCAAAGGGUUGUGUCGGCAGUCAAGUCGAAAGGUCUGAGACAAGACAUGAUCAGUAAGAUUCUGAUAAGUUACGCUAAUAAGUCACUUCAAGGGCUUGUCGUUCGCGAUCUGCACAUGGAGAAAGACAGAAUUCUUGAUCUGGAGAUCAGAAUGAAACAACGUGAGAUCGUGGAAACGAUCGUGAGGUUGCUUCCAACGCAAGGAAGGAGGAGUUCGGUUCCAAUGGCGUUUCUCUCAAGUCUUCUUAAGACGGUCAUUGCAGCAUCAGCCUCUGGUUCCUGCAAAUCCGAUCUCGAACGUCGAAUCGGUCUUCAGCUCGACCAAGCAAUCCUCGAAGACAUUUUGAUUCCCACGAACUCAAACGGAAACAACACGUUAUAUGACGCGGAUUCGAUCUUGAGGAUCUUCUCCAUGUUCUUGAACUUGGACGAGGGGGAUGACGAUGACGAUGAUGAAGGGCAUCAUUUCAGGGAUGAAAGUGAAAUGAUGUUCGAUUUCGACAGCCCCGGAUCCCCGAAACAGAGCUCGAUCUUGAAGGUAUCGAAGCUAAUGGACAAUUAUCUCGCGGAAAUCGCUCUGGACCCGAACCUUACUCCUUCGAAGUUCAUAGCUUUGGCAGAACUGCUUCCAGACCAUGCUCGUAUAGUCAGCGAUGGACUGUAUCGAUCUGUGGAUAUAUACCUAAAAGUUCAUCCAAACAUAAAGGACUGCGAGCGAUACCGUCUCUGCAAAACGAUCGAUUGCCAGAAACUGUCGCAAGAAGCGUGUAGCCAUGCAGCUCAGAACGAGAGGCUGCCCGUGCAAAUGGCCGUACAAGUCUUGUACUUUGAGCAGAUCAGACUCAGAAACGCCAUGACCUGCGCAGUGGGCCCUACUCAGUUCUUCUUCAGCAACUUUCACCAGUUCCCUCAGCGCUCCGGCAGCGGAGCAGGAAGCGGAGCGAUCUCUCCAAGGGAUAACUACGCAUCAGUGAGAAGAGAAAACAGAGAGCUGAAGCUGGAGGUGGCGAGGAUGAGGAUGAGGUUGACGGAUCUGGAGAAGGAUCACAUAUCGAUGAAGCAAGAACUGGUGAAAUCUCAUCCCGGGACGAAGCUGUUCAAGUCGUUCACCAAGAAACUAAGCAAACUCAAUACCCUUUUCAGAUUCGCGAGCCUUAAACCUACCUUGGGAGGCAAGGCAAGUUCCGAGAGCAGGUUCGCGUUCCAGAGAAGAAGACGACACUCUGUUUCUUGAAGUUUCUUCACCAAAACAAAACCCCUUAAUUAUUCUUCGUGUUUUGUUUGUAUAGUGAGUGGAUUUCGGAGUUUGGAUUUGGACAUGAGCGUGUAUGUAUAGCCUCUUAGUGUGUGUUUUCCCCUUUUUGGACCUUCUUUGAAAUGUGAACAAUGGUAUUUGUCCGUGUCGGAUA